AUGCUACCAGAAAAUGUGGACUCGGCCCCUAGUUUUAUCACGGCGGCGAAAGACGUUGAUAGCAGUACAAAUCCCGAAUCUGUGAACGGGAUAGACAAAAGUACGGAGUCCGUUGCAGCGCCGGCAGAACUGGCCGUUCGCGAAGUAGAACAACGAAGAGUUUCCCCGCCUGUUUCUCCGCCUGAUCCUCCGCCUGGUUCUCCGUCGCCUGGUUCUCUUUUCCCCGCUGUUUCUCCGACACUUGUUUCUCCGACACUUGUUUCUCCGACACUUGUUUCUCCGACACUUGUUUCUCCGACACUUGUUUCUCCGACACCUGUUCCUCCGCCUGUUCCUCCGCCUGUUCCUCCGCCUGAUCUUCCGCCUGGUUCUCCGUCGCCUGUUUCUCUUUUCACCACUGUUUCUCCGACACCUGUUUCUCUGACUGGUUCUCCUUUCUCCGCUGCAACUUCCUUUACAGUAAAAGACUGCGUUUGUUAUUUUCACUUGCUAUAUAGAUGGUGUGUAUGCUUUAUUUUAAUACUAAGCUUUG